GUCGCGCUUUCAGGGAAGAACCGUAGCCGACCGUCGCUAUGACGCAAUUCUAGGAAACUUUUCGCACAGAGAACGGAGACUCUUUCUGGCGCAUUCGCGUUGACCGACUCGUUGUCACGUUUGCGACUUUUCCUGUUUCCCAGCUGCCGAGCACCGGUGUGAUGCCCGCCGGGAUGUUCAGCAUAGACAGCAUCCUGUCCGGCCGGCCGACCUGCAAGGAGCCGCUUCUGCUACACCGGAGCGGCCCGGUGGUGCUGUCCGCCGGCCUCACGGACUCUAUCUACACCGACUACAACGGACUGUACUCGGCCACAUGUGGGCCUUCUCCCCCGGGGAUUCAGUCUGUGAGCGGGACCAGGAUAGGAUAUAACGGCUACUACUACGGACAGCUGCAAGUCCAGGGUGCCGGAGGAGGGCCGCCGUGCUGCGGCUCUGUGCCCGGCCUCACCCCACAGCAGUGCCCCUGCAUCCCGGCAGGCUACGACGGCGCGGGCUCGGUGCUGAUCUCUCCGGUCCCCCACCAGAUGAUGUCCUACAUGAACAUGGGCAGCCUGUCGCGGACCGAGCUGCAGCUCCUCAACCAGCUGCAUUGCCGCAGGAAGCGGAGGCACCGCACCAUCUUCACCGACGAGCAGCUGGAGGCUCUGGAGGGCCUCUUCCAAGAGACCAAGUACCCGGACGUCGGGACCCGGGAGCAGCUGGCCCGCAAGGUGCACCUCCGAGAGGAGAAGGUCGAGGUUUGGUUCAAAAACAGACGCGCGAAGUGGAGGAGGCAGAAAAGGUCUUCAUCAGAGGAAUCAGAGAACUCUCAGAAAUGGAGCAAAUCGACCAAAACGUCCGCGGAGAAAACCGAGGAGAGUAAAAGCGAGGUGGACUCGGACAGCUGAUAAUAAAAGCGACCUAACACGGCCGCGUGUGUGUGUGUGUACAUAUAACGGGAAGUGGUGUGGACUCGACGACAUGCUGGUGGUGUGAUGAAACGUGUUGCCAUGUUGCACAGUUGUACAUAUACAUUUUAUGAUUGAUUCUGUCUCCGCUAU